GACAAAGAGACAACAAUCCAAGCCCCAGGAGGUGUUGCAGAACCUCAGCCCAUUAUGGCAUCAGCAGGAAGCUGUGGGGAAGAGCCGACAAAGGGAGAGAGGGGUGGGAUCUGCAGGGCAGAAGCAGACCCUUUGGCUCUGGUGGGAUUUGAGGGGUGUGAAGUCAGGAGAACCUUGGCAGCACCUGCAGCAGCACCCUGGGACUGGUACAGUGUAGGGUGCUGUGGUUUAGAGAUGCUGGCUGUCACCAGAGUGGCAUGGGGAGCUGGGGGUGGGGGGGCAGUGGGUCACUCCUUUCCCUGCCAUGGCGGGGAUGUCCAUGCUGCCCACUUUUCUUUUGGGUUAGCCCAGGACUUCCAAAUUUUUAGCUGCCGACAAGUAAAAUCUUAAAUCAGCCUCAAUGGUUUUUAAAAGAGAACAAAACAAACACCCAAGUUCACCUUCCUUCUGGCCUCUCCCAUCCCCCCAAACCCUCAGCCCAUGAAGUUUCCGGCACAGCUCACUUCUGCUGAGCGCAGGAAAAGUGAAACAGUGGCAGCACCCUGGUGCUGGAGCUGUCUGUGGGGCUGCUGUGCCAACCAGGGCAGAAGAUGUCAGACUCGGAGGGGUGCCAGGAGGGUGCAGAAGGAGUGAGCCAAGUGGGAGAUGAAUCCCCUGAGGAGAACGAGAGGCUGACAGCGCAGUGGAGCGUGGAAGAUGAGGAGGAGGCGGCGAGAGAGCGGCGGCGGCGGGAGCGGGAGAAGCAGCUGCGGUCCCAGGCAGAAGAGGGCCUGAAUGGCACCGUCCCCUGCUCAGAGAGUGCUGCUCUGCCACAGGAAAACCACUAUGACUUUAAGCCAUCUGGGACUUCGGAGCUGGAGGAAGAUGAGGGGUUCAGUGACUGGUCCCAGAAGCUCGAGCAGCGCAAGCAGAGGUCUCCAAGGCAGUCCUAUGAGGAAGAGGACAGUGGUGUGAGAGAAGCCGAAGUCAAACUGGAGCAGAUCCAGCUGGAUCAGGAAAGCCCAGAGGAGAACAUGGUUAUCAGAGAGGAAGAGAGGCUGUGUCAGGAGGAAGAAGAGGUUCAAGAGCAGGAGGAAGAGGCACAAGCUGAGCAAGAGGAAAAGAAGAGAAGGCGAAAUGAUGGAGAGAAAGAAGAAACACCAGAGAAACGCCAGAAGGCCCCAAGCGUUGCCAGCCUGGAAGAGGAGGAGCUGUGCUCUGACCACACUGCAGUGUGCUCCACAAAGAUCACGGACAGAACCGAGUCGCUGAACCGCUCAAUACAGAAAAGCAACAGCAUAAAGAAGAGUCAGCCUCCUCUCCCUGUGUCGAAGAUUGAUGACAGGCUGGAGCAGUACACACAGGCUAUUGAGACCUCCACAAAGGCUGCAAAACCUGUCCGGCAGCCCUCUCUUGACCUUCCCACCACGAGCAUGAUGGUAGCCAGCACAAAAAGCCUCUGGGAGACUGGGGAGGUCACAGCCCAGUCUGCUGUGAAGCCCUCAACCUGUAAGGAUAUUGUGGCUGGAGAUAUCGUGAGCAAAAGAAGCCUUUGGGAACAGAAGGGGAAUCCCAAACCUGAGAGCAAUAUCAAGUCCAUUCCUUCUGGCAAAAAGUACAAAUUUGUUGCAACGGGCCAUGGCCAGUACAAGAAGGUGUUGAUAGACGAUGCUGCAGAGCAAUAGUAUGUCUGGAGAACUCAUUAACCAGCUGAGCUUGGUCCUGACUCACUGCGACCCUCCAUGCCACUAUUUCCUCUGCUCCACAGAAGAUAAUUGAAGGAUGUUUCUCUUCUCCUGACUGCUGUCAGUCUGCUUUGGAUACAGCCUGGCUCCUCUUGGGGUUUGAGCAAUACCCCACACUGCCUCCAGAUGGAUGAAAGGAACUAGAUCAGCUGAGAAAACUCAUUCCUGUUUUAACUUUC